CUAACCUAAAAUUGUGAUAAAUUAUUUUGUUAAUGACUCAAAUGAUCCUUCGAUCAUUAUUCAUUGUGGCUUUAGCUGCUUUAUAGACAAGAUAAUUAUAUGCAAUGAAAAUGAGACGACGGAGGAAGAGAGCAAUGAUGAAAAUGGAAGAUGUGUCUCCACUUCAAAAUAGUAAAAAGUUUGGACUGAGAAAAAUAUUAGAUAAGGUAGAUAAGGAGGAAUCAGAUAUAUUAGUUGAUGAAGAAAUGGAGGUUGAAGCAUCCACAAGUGAAUCUUUCUUGGAUGAUAAAGAGACAACUGAAGACAACCAAGUGAAAAUCUGUAGACUGUGCCUAGUCUUCAUUGAUGAAAAUUAUGUACCCUUAGAUGAAAUUAUUGCCAUGCUCCAGAUUGUUUUACCAGAAGUGGAUCCAAAAAUAACCAAAGAUCCUGUGAUAUGUCAAUUGUGUUUUAAUUUUCUUGAUAAAGCAUCUAGCUUCAUGGUGAACAGUUUGAAUGUAGAACAAAAAAUCAAAAACUAUUAUGAAGCAAAUAAGUCAGAUUCCAUGCAACAAAUCCAUUUAUUCAAUGUCUUGGAAUUUGCCUUCCCAAAAUUUGAGAUGGAUAAUGAUAUGAAUGAACAUUCCAAUAAUGAAAAUGAAAAUUUUGUUCCAACUGAUAUGCUGGAGUUGAAACAGUCUCAACAUGAACAAGAUGAAGAGGAUACUAAACUGAAAGAAGAUAAUAAAAAGCCUUUAACAAAACUACAGGUAAGAGCAGAUGCUGAUGGUGUAACCUUCUACAGUUGCCCCCUAUGUACCUUCACGACAAAAUACAAAUAUAGCAUAAAAAUUCACAAGAGAAUGAUGCAUACUGAUCCUAAUGACAUAAUAAUGUACUCUUGUGCAAUGUGUACAUUCAAAACAAAACACAAACGCUAUUUGGAAACACACAUGUUAGUUCACAAAGACCCAGAAGACUGUGAAAUGCAUGAAUGUAAAAUCUGCGAAUUCAAAACCAAAUUUAAGAGUUACCUGAAAACCCACAAACUAAUACACAAGAGCCCUGAAGAAAUCCCCAUGCAUAAGUGUGAGUACUGCUCAUUCAGAACCAAGCGCAAAAAAUACUUGGAGACCCAUGUCUUGAUUCAUAUGAAUCCAGAUGAUAUACCAAUGCACCAGUGCGCCAUUUGUGAUUUUCAAACCAAGUCAAAAUCUUAUUUAAAGACUCACAUCUUGACUCACAAAAAACCUGAAGAACUUACUAUGUACAAAUGUGAUGAAUGCAGUUUCCAAACAAAGUUCAAAUAUUACCUCACCCGGCACAUGUUGAUUCACAAAAAUCCUGAUGAAGUUAUCAUGUACCAAUGUGAACAAUGCGAGUUUAGGACACGACACAAAAAAUAUCUAGAAACGCACAAAAUGAUUCACAAAAAUCCCGACGAGCUAGUCAUGUACUCCUGCAAUCAAUGUGAAUUCCAGACUAAAUCCAAGGCAUAUUUGUUCAAGACACACAUGCAAGUGCACAAAAACCCCGAGGAUCUAGUACUACACAAAUGUGAGCUAUGCUCUUUCAAAACCAGGCAUAAGAGUUAUCUAGAGACUCAUAUGCUAACCCAUAAAAGCCCAGACGAGGUAACAAUGUAUGAAUGUACGGAAUGCGACUUCCGUACAAAAUUCAAGCACUAUCUAAAACGCCACAUGCUAGUCCACAUGGCGCCAGAGGACUGUGUGAUGUACAAAUGCUGGGCAUGUUCCUUUGAAACCAAACACAAAAACUAUCUUGAAACUCACAUGCUGUAUGUGCACAAGUCAGAGGACGAGGUACAAAUGCACUCUUGUUCACAAUGUGAUUUCAAAACAAAGGCCAAGUCAUAUCUGAAAACGCAUAUGUUGUUGCAUAGGGCUCCUGGUGAGGUAACCAUGUACAAGUGUAAAAAAUGUCGAUUCAAGACCAGGCAUAAAAGUUACUUGAAAACGCACAUGACUCAUAUGCAUAAUAAGACUAAUUGGGUGUAGAGAUGAGUUGUACAAUAGGUUGCUCACCUGUAUUCAUUCCAUACAUUCAAACCUUCCAGUUUUUGAACUAUUGGAAUACUGGAUUUGUUUAUUUUCAUCACUGUUCAGUUG